AGAGCUGCUGGGUCCCGUCGUGUCUCCGGCUGUAACACGUUGAGCAGCAGCAUCAGCAUCAGCAUCAGGAGCAGGAGGAGGAGGAGAGAGAGACAGGGGAGGAGAGACGAGCGCAUCCCAAAGUUUGAGGCUGCAGCCGUUCGGAUGCAGCAGACGCGAGGACCAGUCCGUGUGGAGCCAGGUGGUGAUCUAUAAGGAUCUCCAGUGAUUCUCUCGGCUCAACCAGGAACAUCCGACGUCCAUCUGUCAUGUCAAGGCAGCAGGAAGAACUGCGUGAACACAUCCUGCGUUCGGUGGACUGAAGAUUAAACUGGAUGAAGCCACUUUCAUUUUGUGACUGACAACGUAAAAAGCACGCAAAACAAAAUACCUUCUCCAUCAUUUCUACCUCUUGUUACUUCUCUACUUGUCAGGAGAGGCAGUUUUUGAAGAGCUCAUCCCAAAGGGAAACAGUGAAAGUAACUCACUGCAGCACCUGUCAGCUCUCUGACCCACUUAUCAUGCUUCAGCGAGCUGGACUGGAGGGAAAACUUUGCAUUUAGCAGGCGACAUCAGCAAAGGUGUUGCUCUGCUUUAUAUUCAGGGCCAUUGAUCCACUGACCUCCUGAUCUUAUCAGCCACACACACACACACACCCACACAUGUGCGCACACAGAAGAACACCUGGUGUUGCUGGCCCCCUGCAGAUGCUUUAAAUAGCCUUGUGUUUCCAACACUUGUGUCUGGCUCUCAGUUCGGUGACAUAACACUGACAAACACAUGAACGGCGACACCCCGACUGGGUGAUGAAAGUCCGUCUGCACGUCAUUAACUCCCUCAGAGAACACAGCCCGUGUCUGUGAUCAGACGCGUGCUUGUGUUUGGAUUAGCAGGAGGCAGUGGCACAUCCUGUCUGCUCUGAUUGAGUGAGAGCUGACGUGGCAGAGUGAUAAAUACUCAAAGAGAAUAUAUGUAUUUACAGCUGAGGGUCAUGUGUGACACUAAAAUGUAGUCCAUGUUAAUUGAAUAGUGCUUGUGUGCAUAUUCAUGUGUGUGUGUGUCUGUGUGUGUGUGUGUGUGUGUGUCACGUUGUCAGGGCGGACUAGGGCCGGGCCUGUCCGGGUCUGAUCACUUUGACCAACCUAUAUUUGACUACAUAAACUGGCCACAAGAGGAAAAUGUGUGAACACACAUUUUUGACCAAUGCUUCACACUCUCUAAACUGGAGAUUGCUCUGCAGUUGUCUUGCUUGUUAACAACCUGCUAACUUAGGCUACCUGACUUCCUCACCCAACAAACAGGGUCUACAAUAUAAAACUUGUAAACCAUCUUUUUUCAUUAAGCCUCAUUAUCACAAACUCCCGGUCUUCAGUCUGGCCUCUCUCACUGCGCGGCCCCUCAUGAGCACUUUCCCUUCCUUCUCUGCAACUCCUCCCAACACACCAACCUUCCAGUCAGUGUGUAAGCCCUGUCUCCGGACCCCGUGGAGGAUGGACGAUGUGCCCACAAUGGACUAUGAGUUGCUGCUGUCCCCGACCAGCUCCUCCCUCCCAGGCAGUCCUGGCAGUGGCAGCAGCAGCCCCCCUCUGGCCCUGGUCGGGGUGGACAAUGAGCAGCGUACCGCCUUGGCCUUCGUAGGCCUCCUCAUGCUUUUCCUGGUCUUCCUGCUGGUCAGGUGCUUCAGGAUCCUGCUGGACCCCUACAGCCGCAUGCCUGCAUCAUCCUGGACUGACCACAAGGAGGGCUUGGAGAGGGGUCAGUUUGAUUAUGCUCUGGUGUAGGGUGAUGUGUGAACAGGGUGCAGAGGAGGGAAUAUUUCGAUGUGCACGGACGGGAUCUUUAACAGCAUUGUCUAAUUAGGGUGUGAGAAUGCUUUAUAAGAGGGUUAACUUGAUGUUCCUGCAGUCUGUGCACUGGUGUAAAUAUCAGGCUGCGGUACCCUAUCCAACCAUAACAAGUCUGAUCCAACAAGAGCAACACCCUGCAAGCCAAACACUCAACCAAGCAAAGAUGUGUGGUCAUUAAAAAAAAAAAAAAAAGAAUAAUAAGCUGCACAGCUGCCUUAACCUGAACUAAUGUAUGAGGCCAACAUGCCACCACAUUACAACAUCACUUUAGGGCUAGUUUUCCCAAUCUCCUCUGCUCGUCAGAUCAGUUCAGAACCUCGAAGCUACAUUUGCGACGAGAGCACGCAGGACACAGGCAGGACUAAAGUGAAGGAGUUUACACUUAAGCAGAUGCCCCUUUAAAUUAGCCAAGGUCCAUUACAAUGCAUCCACGUGUUAAGUGCUGAUCAAGUAGCACAAAUGCUUUUUGAGGCUCGAGCAGGUAGUUUAUGUCUCCAUAAAAUGUUGUCCUGUAUGUUUUGUGUGUUACUGUGUCUAUAACUGAGAAGCCAUAUUGAAAAUAUAUAAUCUCUUACACUGCAAGUAGAAUUUAUGUUCAUUGGUUGUGCCCUCUGCUUUCGACGGCCUACCAAGUGUGGUGAUGAAGCAACUUUUAGGCAAAAAAUAGCUUUAUUUUUCUAUUCCUGACUCAAGUUUGGGAGUCUCCUUUUUGCUAUCGUCCUGUCCUUUUCCUCUGACUGUAUUGAUCCGUAGACAGUGGAUCCUUUGAGGUAGUCGUGCAGCCAUGAGGGAAGCAAAGAAGGUAGCUUUGCUUUUUUGUGUUUUGUAAUUUUUCUGACUAUCUGCUUUGUUUUUGAUACGCUGUGCUGAAUCAGUGAAAUGAAAGUUUCCUCCUUCAGAUACUAUUCUUUAAUUUCCACUGAUCGCUGGACUGAGUGGAGGGUGCACAUUGUUCAUAUUGGAAAUUAAAUAAAACAAUUACUACUUCUCAUCACGUGUCACAUUUGUUAGCCAUGAACACUGAGAGAGACAGAAAAUAAAAUAAAAACUCAGGCACACAAGACUUAAAAAUAGAACCCACAAUACUUUAUUGCCAUUUAUGUCAUUGGACAGAAAGUGUACAGUAUGAUAUGAAUCACUCUAAUCUUACAGACUGCCAUUUGGUUUAAUAAAUCUUUGGUUUUUGUCUUGCACAAAGAUGUUCCUAUUAAAAGAUAUUCCAUAA